AUGGAUGCCACACAUAACAUGUUUUGUAACAACGAUCUUAUUAACCCUCUAAACUCAAUGGGCAUGCAAGUUUCUUGUAUUCUUGUUAUUUCACACUUCUUCAACGUUGUCCUUAGAACCGUUGGUCAACCUGGACCCAUUGCACAAAUUAUGGCUGGUUUGGUGUUAGGUCCACUGUCACAUAUUUCUUACAUAAAAGAAAUAUUCUUUCCUGCGAAUUCGAUGAAUUACUACGAAGUUGUUAGCUUCUUUUGUCGCAUAAACUUCAUGUUUUUAUUCGGAUUAGAGAUGAAUUUCCAAUACACAAGGCGUCAUCUACGUUUAGUAACGUUGGUAGCAUGUGGUGGUGCAAUUAUGGGUGCAAUAUUUGGUUUAUCUGUCUCAUUUUAUUUAUAUGAAGAGUUGAAUAUAAGUUCCCCAAUGCUUUCUUUUUGCACCAUCAUUAUGUUAGUUGUAGCAUACACAAGUUCCCCCAUGGUCAUCCGUUUGGCAGCAGAUUUACGGUUCGCUGCGUCCGACGUCGGUAGGAUCGCCGUGUCGGCUGCGUUGAUUACAGAAAUGAUUUGUUUGUUGUUAUUCAACAUGAUGGUUAAUUGGAAUAGUGCAAAAGAUGUUUCAAGGGGUUUCUGUUGUCUCAUUAUUACUAUUCUGGUGAUUAUUAUGAAUAGAUACUUAUCACUUUGGUUUAAUGUAAGAGAUAAAAACCAAAAAUACUUAAAAGCCCCUGAGUUGUUAGUUAUACUAUUUGUGCUUUUAACUACCUCAAUGGUUGUAGAAAUUUGGGGUUAUAAUAGUAUUAUUCAUUGUUUUUUCGUUGGAUUGUUUUUUCCUAAAGAAGGAAAAACAGCUAGAACAUUGCUUCAUAAACUUGGUUAUUCAAUUUAUAACUUUAUACUUCCGGUAUAUUUUGGGUACAUUGGUUUACAAUGUGACCUCAUAAAUGUUUUCAAAAGUUUGGAUAAGAUAACAAAUACAGCUAUAAUGAUUUUGUUGAGCGUUGGAAGCAAGCUUGGUGGAACUCUCUUGGUUUGUCGUUACCUUCAAAUUCCUACCAGUGAAGGAAUUUUUCUUGGCUUUUUAAUGAAUACUAGAGGUUAUGCUGAUCUUCUUUUCAUUGGUGCUGCUGCAAAGAAUACUCUUGAUACAGAAGUUUACAAUCUGUUGCUAGUAGCAAUAGUACUUAACACAAUAAUAUCAGGAAUUAUUGUGUCUUUUCUAGCAAGAGGAGAAGAGAAAAUGUUUUCACAUAAUCAUACAGCAAUUGAGCCACAGAAAAUGGAAGAUGAACUUCGAAUUUUGGCUUGCGUAUACGAUCCUCGUCAAGUAUCUGCUAUACUAGCAACGGUGCUAGCAAUACAUGGAUCGAAAACAUCGCCUUCAACGACUUACUUAAUGCACUUAAUUGAGCUAGUGAAGAAAAUCAAGUCCAAUUUAUUGUACCAUGAAAAAGAAAAUGCUGACCUUAGUGACGAUGAUGACUAUGGCGGAAACGAUGUUGUUGAAAUCAAUAACUCCUUAGAUGUAUUCACAUCUGACACAAAGAUUUUGGUUCAUCAAAAAAGAGCAGUAUCAUCCUUUCCAUGUUUGUAUGAAGAUGUUUGUAAUGAAGCUGAAGAUCUUCAAGUAUCAAUCAUCAUUCUUCCUUUUCACAAGCAUCAAAGAAUUGAUGGAAAGUUAGAAAGUGGAAAAGAAGGUAUAAGGAUUACUAACCAAAAGGUUCUCAGACACGCGCCUUGUUCCAUUGGUGUUAUCAUCGAACGAGGACUAACUAAGGUCCCCGGUUUCUCGCAAUUGAUUGCAUCCGAUGGUAUGCAAAAUGUUGCAACACUUUUCUUCGGAGGACCAGAUGAUCGCGAGGCCAUAGCUUGGAGCCUACGCAUCUCAAAAUGUCCUCGGGUAAACUUAACAAUAAUAAGAUUUCUCUUGUCAUCAUCGUCGUCAUCACAUAACGAACAUAAUGAUAACGGAGAACAAUUUGACGAAAAGGAAAUCUUAAUGUCGUUGUCGGGAGAAGAGACGGUGAACGAUAUUGACAAUACUUUUAUGGUGGAUUUCUAUAAUAGAUAUGUGACAUCAGGACAAAUUGGAUAUGUGGAAAAGUUUGUGAAAGAUGGAACACAAACAGUUGAAUCUUUGAAAGAGAUUGGAGACAUGUACUCUUUGUUUAUAGUAGGAAGAGGUGGUAGAGGAAAUAGUUCAUUAACAAUAGGUAUGAGUGAUUGGGAAGAAUGUCCUGAACUUGGAACAGUUGGGGAUGUUUUGGCUUCUUCAGAUUUUGAUAUUCAUGGUUCUGUUUUAAUAAUUCAACAACAUAGAGAUGUUAAGAAUGGUCUAAUUCAUGAUUAA